AUCUUUUUCAUUGGCCGACACACAGAGUUCAAAGUUUCUUUUCCGGUGUCCGGUAACGUUUGAGCUCGGAAAUGCAUAAAGCAAUAUAAGUUAUGUAGGUUGUUGGACUAAAUUAAAUGUGACAUAUUUUGAGCUAAACUAAAAAAAAAAAUUAAAUUAAAAUUGUAACGCUGUUAAAAAAAAAAAAAAAAAAAAAAAGACUAUUUAAUUUACAGCAAGGGCUGCGCCAACCUGUAACCAUGGUAACUGCAGUUUGCGUCGAGCCGCCAGUACAACAGACUGCCUCUUCUUUUUAAUUUAUCUCCAGGAAUUGGCCGGUACCCAGCGUUUCCUGUCGGUUCUGACGGCCAUCUGCCGACUGGGGGAAGCUGUCACGGAUGUCUGACAAGAAGAAAAACGACUAUUUAAAAACUCAAGGGGGAGGACCUAUAAAGGUGUCCUACAUUUUUCCGAAUGGGGACAGAUAUGAGGGGGAGUGCAGCAGGUCUGCAUCAGGGGUGAUGAUGAGGAGCGGUGCUGGUAAACACACCUCAGCAGGUGGUGCCAUAUACACUGGAGAGUGGCAUGAAGACAAAAUGAAUGGCAGAGGGGCCCUGCAGCAUCCCUCUGGAGCACUAUAUGAAGGAGAAUUCAAAGACAACAUGUACCACGGCACGGGAACAUACACCUUCCCAGAUGGCUCUAGUUACAAAGGUCCAUUUAACAAGAACAGGUUGGAGGGAGAAGGGGCAUUCACUAACACACAGGGACUGGUUUGGACGGGGGAGUUCCACGGCAAAGCGGCGCUGGGCCUGAAAAUGCAGCACAACAUUUAGGCAAAAGUUUUGUACUGCACUGUAUAAAACACUGUAUAAUAUAUUCUACAUUCACAUUAAACUGCAUUAGAAAAGA